AUGAUGAAUCAUUCACCUACCACUCCACUAGAAUUGAUUUUCAGUCAAGACUUUUUCAUCCAUGCUUUAGACGCAUCCAGCACCAGCAACCACCAUCUUCCCAACGAAUCAACCACUACUCAGCAACAACACAUUCCUCAACUCCAAGACUCUAUCCGAGCCAGAGAAAUCAAACUUCUUCCCAACAAUGAUUCAACACCAACUUUAUCUUACCAACGAUUACCCACCACCAACUACCUUCAACACAAUCCUCUCAUCACAGGUCGAUAUUUCAACACGCCAAAUGAUAUUAAUCCAUCAUCUCAGAUCUCAGCUCCUCACAGAGAUGUACCUUCAGUACCAUUACCUCCUCUCGCCUCCAAGAAUCAUUCUCUUCCUCCUCAUCAACAUCAAUCCUUCACUCCUGAACUAUCUAACACUAUUGUCGAUUCGAGUCGGAAUGAUGAGGGUUUACUUCUUCCCAAAUGUUUCAUAUUGACUCACAAGCUCAAUCCUUUGAGUGUGGAUGAAUAUAUCGAAACGAUGAAUACAGUCAUGAGAAAAGUUCGUGAGCUACAACUGGAUCAGCAUGAAAAGUUGAAACAUCACAUUCCUCAUGUGCAUUUGAUGAAUGGGUUUUCGGUUGAGGGAAUUCUUGCAAUUUUGAAUGAUUCUGGCGUGUCACAUGACAUGGUCAACACUACAAAAAAGAACAAGCCCGUUUUCAUUCCAUUCGAAAGUUAUCGAAUGCAAUUAUAUGAAGAUAUUUUUGGACGAGUGUUGAAAGAAGGUACUAAUCAAGCUCGUGUUGAGGAGUGGUUUGCAAAUAUUAUUCUCUCAAAAAUUAGUGAAGGCCUUGGUAGUGGAAUGACUCUGAAUGACAGUAAUGGAAACAAUAGUCAUCGUGUGGUUGAUGAGACAAAUCAUUCUGAGGAAGAGGGCAACAAUAAUGCAAUUUCCAGCAAUAUGAAAUUUCACUUUUUCACAUUUAUUCAAACUUAUGGAUAUUGGGCCAUACCACUAAGUGAUCAAUCGAGUGCAUUUGAUGUCGAGAACUCUCCAUUAAGAAGAUUAAAUCAAAUUCUGGGAUUUAGGCGCUCUAAAAUGUAA